AUGGAAUUGCUAUUGAAAAUGGAUAUGUUGUGUUGAUCACAAAGUCAGAUAGCGGUGGGAAUGGAAGCAGAAAAGCUUAUGUCAUGUUGGGGUGCGAGAAGCAUGGUAAGUAUGUUCCCUACAGAGACCCUGACCUUGUUGAAGGAACGAGAACACAAAAGACAGAAUGUCCUUUUAGACUAAAAGGACGACCUAUGAAAAAUGGCAUAGAUAGAGAUUGGCGGCUAAAGGUGAUGGAAGGUACACACAACCAUGAACCAGCUAGGUCACUACUUGGCCACAAUUUUGUUGGUCGUCUAAAUUCCGAAGAGAAGGAGCAAGUGGAAAAAAUGUCAAAGAGUUGGGUUCCACCGAGAAAGAUGCUGUUGACUUUGAAGGAAAACAAUCCUUUAAACUUGAAUACCAUAUCUCAGAUUUAUGGUGCUUGCAAGAGGUUAAGAAAAUCCCUCCGCGGGUCAUUGACAGAAAUGCAACACUUGUUGAAGAAGUUGGACGGUGGCAAGUACGUCCACUUUGAAAGACAUGAGCCUGGAUCGGAAGUCAUUAGGGAUGUAUUUUGGGCUCAUCCAAAUGCUAUCAAACUGUUCAACACAUUUCCAUAUGUAGUGAUUAUGGAUUGCACAUACAAGACAAACAAAUAUAAAAUUCCAUUGCUUGAGAUUGUUGGACUGACUUCCACAGAUAAGACAUACUCCAUAGCCUUUUGCUACAUUGUUAAUGAGGGCACAGAUGACUACGUUUGGGCACUGGAGUGUAUGAAGUCUCUAUUAGCUGAUCAAGCCAUGUUGCCUAAGGUGAUUGUUACUGACAGGGAUCUUGCCUUAUUGAGUGCUGCUAAGCAAAGCCUUCCCAACACCAGCCAUUUAUUAUGCUUGUGGCACAUCAACAAGUGUGUUUUGGCAAAGUGCAAACUCUAUGUUGGUACAGAUGAUUUUGCUGAAUUGGUUAUGGGGAAGUGGGGAGAGGUGGUGGAUGCUGCAACAGUUGAAGAAUUUGAAGUUCAAUGGAUGCAAUUGUUUAAUAUGUGCAAGGACAAAUACAACAACUUUACCUCCUAUUGUUCUACUACAUGGUUGGUCCACAAGGAAAAAUUUGCCAAGGCAUGGACAAAUCAUGUGAUGCACUUUGGAACAACAACAAGUAACAGGGCUGAGGGUGCACAUGCCAGUUUGAAGAAGAUGUUGCGGGAUUGCAAGGGUGACCUAGCCACUUCUUGGGAUGCGUCGCAUAGUUUGACAUGUAAUCGACAUACUGAAAUAUUAGCAUCGUUUGAGCGCAGUAUUCACAGAAUUGAUCACAUUUUCAUGUGCCCAUUUUACACAAAUAUUAGAGGAUUUGUGUCAAACAAAUGCCUGCAGCUCCUUGAUGCUGAACAUAUAAGAAUGAAGUCCUACGGCCGAUGCGAUUGCUUGUUGAGAGAGACUCAAGGACUGCCUUGCGGUUGUGAACUUGCAGGUUAUGAAAGAAUUCCAUAUGAGGCAAUUCAUCCAUUCUGGAAGAGACUGAGUUGGGAGCAUGUACCUGAACCUGUUGCAGAUACUAUCAGCAACCAUAUUUGCGGCAUGAACCAUGGAGAUAUGCAACCAGAAGUUGAGGCAUUGACACAUUAUUUCAGUUCUUUGGAUACUGGAGAGCAGAGUAUGGUAAGGAGGAAGCUUCAAGCUAUCUAUUGUCCUGAAAGCAGUUCACUUUGUACUCCUGAGGUUCAGAUAAGGUCCAAGCGCACUCUUAAGGCGAACGAAAGAAAACCACCCAAGGUUAAAGCAAUAGGAUCCUUGACUCGUGAUCCUUCAGGUUUUGAGCAUGUUGAUAGGGAGAUCAAAGAGGCAAAGAAGGCUUCGCAACCACCAAAGAAGAAGAAGCGUGUGAAGAAGUCUGAUACAAGCUAUUUCAUGGGUCAUUUUCCAUCCUUUUUCCACCCAUAUAUACACACAGUUCAGAAUGUUGAGGACGAUGGUAACUGUGGCUAUAGAGUCAUUGCUGCAUUACUGGGACUACCAUCAGGUGAGGAAGGUUGGUCAUGUGUUAGGGAAGCGUUGAUAGACGAACUUGAACGACACAGAGGAUUGUAUGAUGAAAUGUGGUCCAAACAUGUGGUUAAUGCCUUACAUUCUCGACUCACUCUUACUCCUGGUCAUCCGGCUACCGAGGAUAAAUGGAUGCAACUGCCAGAGAUGGGAUACCUUGUAGCAACCAGGUUCUAAGUGGUUUUCAUAUCC